CCGCACAGCCUUGCCCUGACGGGUCUCACUCUAACUUCCUCUUCGGAAGUUUCUGGAAGAUGAGGACUUCCAUCUGAGGUGUGCAGCCUCACGCCAGUGAAGGGGAGAAUUUCAGGACAGAUCGGGUACCUAGGCUCUCCUCUCAGAGAGGUGAAUUUAUUGCACUAACGGGUGAGGUCCCAUUCAUCACUGGAAGGAGAGGAGAGUUCUUAGGAAACAGAGAACCUUGACCUGAAGGGAGUUGCCUCAGGUGCCCUCCUGCCACAGUCGUACCUGCUGUCCUUGAGCACAGUCAUCAUGCCUCGUGGCCAGAAGAGCAAGCUCCGUGCCCGAGAGAAACGCCGCCAGGCCCGAGGUGAGGACCAAGGUCCUCAGGGUGCUCAAGCCACUAAAGCAGAAGAAGGAGAGUCCCCAUGUCCCUCUCCUGUUGCUGAGAGUGCUUCCCAAGGGGUGGCUGCUACAAGCACCCCCUGGCAGUCUCACAGAGCCCAGGCCAGCAGCUCUCAGGCUGCGGCCAGUUCAUGCGUGAGUUCUGAUGAAAGUUCCAAGAGUGAGGAGGAGGAGAAUCCAAGCUCCCCGUCCUCAUCCAGGAUCCCAGGAAAAGAUCCUCUGACCAGGAAGGCAGGCAUGUUGGUGCAAUUCCUGCUGCACAAGUAUAACGUGAAAGAGCCCAUUGUCAAGGCAGAUAUGAUGAAGAUCAUCAGCAGAAAGUACAGGAAGCACUUCCCUGAAAUCCUCCAGAGAACCAAGGAGCGCAUGGAGCUGGUCUUUGGCCUUGACCUGAAGGAAGGCGACCCCAGCGGCAGCUCCUACACCCUGGUUAGCAAGAUGGAUCUUCUGGGUGAAGGUAGUCAGAGUGAUGGCAAAGGCUUUCCCAAGAAUGGUCUCCUGAUGCCUCUCCUGGGUCUGAUCUUCAUGAAUGACAACUGCGUCUCUGAGGAGGAGAUGUGGGAAUUCCUGAAUAUGUUAGGGCUCUAUGAUGGUAGGAAGCACUUCAUCUUUGGGGAACCCAGGAAGCUCGUCACCAAAGAUUUGGUGCAGGAAAAGUAUUUGGAGUACCGCCUGGUGCCUCACAGUGAUCCUCCCCGCUAUGAAUUCCUGUGGGGUUCCAAAGCUCAUGCUGAAACCAGCAAGAUGCAAGUCCUAGAGUUUUUGGCCAAGGUCAAUGGUACGGUGCCCAGUAUCUUCCAAGCUCGGUAUGAGGAGGCUUUGAGAGAUGAGGAAGAGCGAUUCCAUGCCAGAGUUGCAGCCAGAGUUAGCACUCCUGCCCUUCCCGGGGCCACUUCCCCCAGAUCCUCCCAGCAUUAGUGAAGUCACGGGGAGAUGAUCCUCAGUUUGAGGUUGAAAGUUGCUAUCAACCUAAGUAGUUGGAGAACUAGGGAGGGCUGGAGAGAUCGCGAUGGUGUCUUCUUUGUGUUUCUGUUAUUCAUAAAUAACUUACAGAUUUAUCUUCUUUUUCGGUUUUUCCAUUGUAUUUCUUGUAAAGAGUUUGUUUAGAUUGAGCCAUCUGAGUUUAGGAGUCAAGAGUUAUUCCUGUUUACCGAGUUUACUAUUUUAUAAAACAAAUUGAAAAUCCUCACAUCUUUUAUUGUGAUCCAGUACAAGAAAACAGCCUCAGAAUAGGGAUUUGCUUUUAAAAUGCAAAAGAAGCUUCUGGUGAAAUAGUUGGGGUCAUGAGAUGAUUAAAAAAAAAUAGUAAAAAAGGGCCCAUUCCUAUUUUUUCUUAUUUCUUUUCUUAUUUCAGAAAAAAAAUAUAAAGUAUGUACCUGGAUUUGCUUAGUUUAUUCAAGAAUGUGGGAGACAUUAAAUCAUUAUAAAUGA